ACACGGGGUGGGAUAUUCUGUCUGCUCCCCCUACCCUACCCAGCCCUGUGCUUAGCUUGGCUCUUUCCUCCCCUGUGUUGCUUUCCUUUGGCCCACCAUCCCCAGACCCCCCUUUACAAUGCUGCCUCACCGGCAGCUCCAAAUUCCCCAGCACCCGUAAACUUAAAAUUUAUAUUUGGUUUUCCAUUUUUCCACUUUUUUUAAUUUUUUUAAUCUUGGAGAAGUUCAAGUUGUGGAUUCCAUGGAUCAGAAAACAAGGCUGUGAUCACCAAAAGGAAAUGGAAUAAUUUGCUAACAGGAAUUCUUUUAUUUUUACUGACAAGUGGAUGCCGAUUGAAUUCAUACUGAAGCUGUGAUUUUCCAGUCAGCCCUGCAUGAGGAGGCUUUGCCCCCAACUCAAAGCAUUAUACCUGAAAUAGUCUCCAUAUCACCAUGGCUGAAGGAAGCAAAUCUGCCUCCCCCUCCUCAGGCAGUGGGUCCAAUGAAGCAGCAGCACCACAAACAAGCUCUCUCAAGUCCAAAGGUCUGGGCCUCCUCAGGAAGCUGAAAGUGUCUGUGGAACUGUUGUUUGCACUGGCUGCUCUGCUGUCCUGGGUGGUCGUGGGAGUGGUGAUGUUUGACUUUGUGGAGUACAAGGCAGUCCCUGAUGUUCAGCAAAUUAUUACGGACCCUGUGCAAGCUGUGAAUGACGCUGUUGAUGAAGUAUCGAGUCUGCUCAAUAAAUUUCAAGAAUGCACACCUGAUUUAAGUGACCCCAUGUCUGCCGCCACUUACGCAGCUGAGGAAAUAGCUGAAGCAAAAGAUGGAUUUGUUCGAUAUUUUUCAGAUGAGGAGGGAAACUUCUAUCUCAGCUACGUCGACCCUGUGGUCAUUGGCAGACGAGCUUUCCAUUCAACGAAUGACUUCACGUGUGGAGUGGUGGGCUCUGUCAGGGACACUGUGUGUGCUAUUGUGGAUACUGUAUUGGAUACUAUAUUAGAUAUAAAUAAAGGAAAAAUUGACCUUAGCCACAUUGACCCUGUGGUCAUAGGCAGAGGUGCCUUCAGUGUUACUAAUGAGUUCAUGAGUGGAGUGGGGGGCUACAUCCAGGAUGUGCUCUCUGCCAUUUUGGACACUAUUCUGGAUGUAGUGAAAGGAACCACUGACAUUAGCUUCAUGGAUCCUGUAAUAAUUGGCAGAAAUGCCUUCAGUGUCAUUAAUGACUCCGCGAGUGGAGUGGUGGGCUACAUCCAGGAUGUAUUCUGUGCCAUCUUAGACAGUAUACUGGAUAUCACGAAAGGAACCACUGACAUUAGCUUCAUUGACCCUGUGGUUAUUGGCAGAGAUAUCUUCAAUGUUACUAAUAAUUUUGUGAGUGGAGUAGCAGGAUAUGUCCAGGAUGUGCUUUGUGCCGUCUUGGAUGUAAUACUGGAUGCAUUAAAAGGUAUCCAGCAUGCUUUGGGAUUCAGUCCCAUGUCGGUUCUGAAGAGAACAGCAGAAAUCACCACAGAACAGAUAAACAUGCUUGUGAGCUACAUCUCCACAACGCUGAUCGGUGAAGAAGGGAUAAUGCCAGAAGUGUCCAUUGACCCCAUGAAAGUUGUUGAAGAUGCUGUGUUGGAGUUCACAGACAAGAAAGAUUUGUUCUUGGCGUACAUGUCAGGCAUGCUUGUUGGCGAUCAAGGUGAACCUGUUGCCACACCAGUUGUAAAUGUAGUAACUGAAAAAGAUGAAAGUGUAAUUUCCCCAUCAGAUUUAAAUUUGGUGAGAAAAAAAGGUGAAUUUCUGCCACCUUUGGAAAAAGUUCUCAAAGAGGCAAAGGAAAGAGAUGUAAUAAAAGAAGUUAAAGAGGCCAUUAUUAAAGACCUCAAAACUGAGGAGGAGAGAAAAGAGAGGGAAGCCAAACUUGAGAAAACCAUAGAGAAAAAACUAAAAGAAGAAAAGCUAAAGGAGAAGACCAAACCUGAGGCAAAACCCAUCAAGAAGAAACCAGAGAGACCCAAAGAAGAUGCAGUUAAGAAGCUUCCCAAAGAAGAGAAGGUGAAGAAACCUUCCAAAGAAAAGGAAGAGGUGAAGAAACCACCUAAAGAAGAGAAAGAAGUCAAGAAACAGCCCAAAGAAGAGAAGGAAGUUAAGAAACCUCCCAAAGACAAGAAAGAAUUUAAGAAACCUUCCAAAGAAAAGAAAGAAGUUAAGAAACCACCUAAAGAGGAGAAAGAAGUCAAGAAACCACCCAAAGAAGAGAAAGAAAUAAAGAAACCUCUCAGAGAAGAGAAGGAAGUCAAGAAACCUCUCAAAGAAAAGAGAGAAGUCAAGAAACCAGCCAAAGAAGAGAAAGAGGUUAAGAAACCACCUAAAGCGAAAGAGUUGAAGAAGCCUCUUAAAGAAGAGAAAGAGGUCAAGAAACCACCUAAAGAAAAAGAGGUGAAGAAGCCUCCUAAAGAAGAGAAAGAGGUCAAGAAACCACCUAAAGAAGAGAAAGAGGUCAAGAAACCACCUAAAGAGAAAGAGGUGAAGAAGCCUCCUAAAGAAGAGAAAGAGGUCAAGAAACCACCCAAAGAAAAGAAAGAGGUUGAGAAACCACCUAAAGAGAAAGAGGUGAAGGAGCCUCCCAAAGAAGAGAAAGAAGUCAAGAAACAACCUAAAGAAGAAAAAGAAGUAAAGAAACCCCCCAAAGAAAAGAAAGAAGUCAAGAAACCCCCCAAAGAAGAGAAAGAAGUCAAGAAACCACUUAAAGAAGAGAAAGAGGUUAAGAAACCACUUAAAGAGAAAGAGGUAAAGAAGCCUCCUAAAGAAGAGAGAGUGGUCAAGAAACCACCUACAGAAAAGAAAGAAGUUAAGAAACCACCUAAAGAAGAGAAAGAGGUGAAGAAGCCUCCCAAAAAAGAGAAAGAAGUCAAGAAACCACUUAAAGAAGAGAAAGAGGUGAAGAAGCCUCCCAAAAAAGAGAAAGAACCUCCUAAAGAAGAAAAAGAUGUCAGGAAACCACCUAAAGAAGAAAAAGAAGUAAAGAAACCUCCCAAAGAAGAGAAAGAAGUCAAGAAACGACCUAAAGAAGAGAAAGAGAUAAAGAAGCCUCCCAAAGAAGAGAGAGAAUUCAAGAAACCACCCAAAGAAGAGAAAGAGGUGAAGAAGCCUACCAAAAACGAAAAAGAAGUCAAGAAACCACCUAAAGAGGAGAAGGAGGCAAAGAAGCCUCCCAAAGAAGAGGUCAAGAAACCACCUAAAGAAGAAAGAGAAGUAAAGAAGCCUCCCAAAGAAGAGAAAGAAGUCAAGAAACCACCUAAAGAAGAGAAAGAGGUUAAGAAGCCUCCUAAAGAAGAAAAAGAAUUCAAGAAACCACCCAAAGUAGAGAAGAAACCACUGAAAGAAGUGGUAGACUUGAAGCAAUCUAAGGAAGAGAAAGAACCAAAAAAGCCUCAUGAAGAGAAAGAGAAGCAGCUUAAACCUAAAGAACUGGGGGAAGAAAAGAAGCCUUCUAAAGACAGACAAGAAUUUAAAAAACUCUCUAAGGAGGAGAAGGAAAUUAAGCCUACAAAAGAAAAAGAGGGAAAGGAGAUUAGGGAGCCCUCUAAAGAAAAGAAAGAAGUAAAGCCUUCCAAGAAACAAGAAAAGACAAUGCUUUCAGUAGAAGACAAAGAGGUGAAGAAACCUUCUAAAGAGGAAAAAGAAGUAAAGGCUCUCUCUAAAGAAGAGAGAGAAAUGAAGAAACGUCCUCUUAAAGGUAAAGAAGUUAAGCAUAUAAAGAGGGAAAAAGAACUGAGGAAGCCUCCUAAAGAAGAGAGAGAACUAUCUCAGGAAGAGAAAAAACAAGCAAAGCCUAAAGAGGUACAAGAGGUUGAAAUUCAUCUCAAAGAAGGAAAAGAAGAAAUACUGCCUCCAAAAGAUGGAGAACCAAAGAAGGUUUUGACAAAAGAGGAAGAAGAACGAAAGCUUCCUAAAGAAGCCAAAGAGGUUAAAAAACCUCCCAAAGAAGAGAAAAUAGUAACAAAGCCUGCAAAAGAAGAACAAGAAAAGAUCCCCAUAGAGAAGAAACAACCAACUAAACUUUCUCAAGAGGUGAAAGAGGACAGAAAGCAAGUGAGGCUUUCCAAAGAAAAGGUAAUACCUAAGAAGCCCUCUAAAGAAAAACAAGAACCAGAGAAACCUUCUAAAGAUGAAAAAGAACCUGCAAAACUGUCUAGAAAGGAAGACAAAGAACCAAAGAAGCCUACCAAAGAAGAGACAGAACAAAAGAACCUCUUGAAGAAACAAGAACAGGAGAAACCUGCCAAAGAAAAGAAGGAGGUCAAGAAGAUUUCCAAAGAAGAAAAGGAACCAAAGAAGCCUCCUAAAGAAGACAAAGAACUUGUCAAGAAGAGAGAAACAAAGACAGAUGCUAGACCCAAAAAGGCUGUAAGGAGAAUUAAGAUAGUCAAGAAAGAGGUUGCAUCUGUCCUGAAGAAGGAACAUCUGAAUGCUACAAAAGCAGCUGAUGAACCCAAGCCCAUAAAGGUGGUGAAAGCUGCUAAAAAGCACAUAGUUUCUAUCUUGAAAAAGGAACAUGUGAAUGUUACAAAAACAGUUCCUAAGGUGAAAGCCAAACCAGAACCUGCAAAGAAAGUGGCAGCUCCCAAGGAGCCCAAGAAGGAACUAAAGCAAAAAAUCAAACCUAAACCUGUAAAACCAGAUAUUGAUGCAGUGGAGGAAAAGAAAAAAACAACCCCUGCAAAGAAAGAUGCUGAAAUCACCAAAGAAAACAAACAAGCUCCUUCAAAGAAGGUUCCAAAGGAAAAGGCCAAAGCAGCUCCUGUCAAGAAAGAGGUUACUGCUCCAAAAGAAAAGGCCAAACCAGUCCUCUUGAAAAAAGAACAAGAGGGUGCUCCCAGGAAUGCCUCUCUGGUAAAAGAGAGAGUCAAAAUAGUGCCCAUGAAGAAAGAAGUCAAGUUACUAAAAGAGAGAGACAAGGGAGUCUCUGCAAAGACAGCUGAAGUUUCAAAGCAGAAGCCCAAACCAGUUCUAUCAAAAAGAGAACCUGCUCCUUACAAGAGAAAACCAGCCCCAGCGCUCAAAGAGGCAGAAGCACCACACAAAAAUGUGUCACUUACAAAGGAGAAGGUGAAAGUGGCGCCACUGAAGAAAGUGCCUGUAACUCCAAAAGAGAAAGUCAAACCAGCACUGACAAAAAAAGAAACUGAAGUUCUCAAGGAGAAGAAAGCCAAGCCAGUGACUCCCAAAAAAGAACCUGAGGCUAAGCCAGCUCUUGCCAAGAAAGAACCAGAAGUCACAAAGGAGAAGCCUAAACCAGUUCAUGAAAAGAAAGCUCUUUCUAAAACAGAGGCUGGAGCAAGAAAGGAAAAAGUCAAAUCCCUCCUAAAGAAGAAAGAGCCCAAAGCACCAAAGGAGAAAGUCAAACCAGCUGUUAAAAAAGAUGGUGCAGCCAUGUUGAAGAAAAAGGUCAAACCGGUCCGUGUGAAGAAAGAGCUGGAGAUUCCUAAGGAAAAGGAAAAACCUGCUGCAGUAAAGAAAGCCAUGUUGAAGGAAAAGAUCAAACCAGUCCGUGUGAAGAAAGAGCCAGAGGUUUCAAAACUAAAGGUCAAACCCACUGCAACAAAGAAAGAAAAAACAGCUGAGAAGAAGGCAGCCAAAGAGGAGAAAGCUGAAGUGGACAGAGUUCUUAAAGAGAUACAGGCACCUGCAAAGAAAGAAAAAUCUGUUGAGAAGAAAGCUGCCAAAGAGGAGAAAGUUAAAGCAGAGCCUCCUGUAUCAGACAGCUUUCUUAUGGAGGACGAGUUGCCCUACUUCCAGUGUUUCUUUGUGGACGAGGACGAGGCCCAGUUUCCAUUCUACGCCUUCUCACCACUGCAGAUCUGAAGCUUCAGUCUGACGCCAGUCUGAGGUUUACAAUGUAGUCGAUUUCCUGACAAUGACAUGGUCACAUCACACCCUGUGCUGCUGAAACGCGGCUGCUGUUCACUGUUGAUCUUCAGGAGAAAAGCCUGGACAGCAGAGGAUGAUGGAUCAUUAUUUUGUUUCCAGAUUUGGUUGAGCUCUCAUAACCAAAUACAUGCAGCCAGUGUCAUUCCUUUCCAUUUAUUUCUGAUUGUUAUUUUUAUUUAUCUUUUUUUUUGUGUUCAAUUCUUUUGAAAGGUGGAUAUUUUAGGAAUAUUUUACACGGAACAAUUUAGUGUAUUAACUUCUGUGGAUCAUUCAUUUAGAUCCUCAAAGCAACAGUACUUUUAAUAUAUUUACUGCUCACCUCAUUUUCUUGUAAUAAGUCUGUAAGAAAAGAACAACAAUCUGUACUACUGCACAGUGGUGCAAGUUUUUAAGUAGUAGCAUAGUACUGAAUAUGAAAUGUACUGUGCUGUAAACAGGGUACAAAAAUGGCCACAAUCACUAAUCCAAGGCUGACAGGGGUUCAGUUCCUCUAAGCCCAAGUUUACUUGAAAAGUGGUUUGUACAGUAAUUGUACAUUAAUUUUUAUGCUCAGUUGUGUGUAGUUUUAGAUUUUUUUUCUUCAUUGCACAGUAUAUGGCAAAAUUUUUGAUACCCUGCUUUUUAAAGCCCUUUAAUCAACAAUGGGACAUUUAUAGUGCUUAUGCAUAAUUCCAUAAAUCUUGAUAUUAGUUCAUUACAAGGGUUGUUUUUUUUUUUUUUGUUUUGUUUUUUUCACAUAUUUUCCUCUUUUAAUUCCCUGCUGGGCACAUAAAAGGAAUCAAAGCAUUAAUGAAAGGAAAUUAAUCCUCUUUGAAUUUUUCUAGAGAGCACCAAGUUUUUUUUUCUUUUGUUUUGUACUUGUUCAGAGUGUCAAAAGGAAUGACUAUGCACUGUAUAAGAGAGCUCCCAAUCUAACUGACGAAACACUACCUGACAUGUUGACAUUUAAAGUCUUAUUAAACUGUACCAUCUACACAUCAGCACCAGCUCCUCAUUUUGACAUUGGUGCUAAUAAGAAGCUUUGCAUUGUCUGAACUCUCAGAGUGAGGUUUGAGUUCAUUUUUACAUUUUAAUCGUUUCUACCAUCAAGUAUCAGAUUCAUUCUGUAAUUACCUUGAUAGACCAAAAGCGCACUGUGAAUGACUUUUGUCAUUGGCUGUUCGUCCAUGUGCACAAUGUAGAAACUUGACUAACACAAGUAUUUCAUGCUGCUGGCAUACAUAACAUAAUAUUGAUUCAUAUCUUAUUAUGACAUAUUAACUGUGCAGCAUAAUAUAAACAGAAUUUAUAUUAUAUGACUAUCCUGUACUUUGGAUGCAGGGCAACAAGAUGUUAGAUUAAUUUUAAAUACUGAUAAUGGUCAAAUCAUAUAUUUGAAAUCUAGAUAGAAAGGCAGUAGUAAUGUUGGUAUUAAUGUUAAGGUAAGUCAGCUGUUAAAACACUGACAUCUUUGAUUAUAUCUGCUCCUCAUAAUGAUCACACUCGAAGUUGUUACAGAGGGUGUCACAUGUUCGGGCAGAUGAUCACAGAUGUGAACUGUUACUAUAAUUCAGCUUGUACCAGCUGUUGUUUACAUAUGGCUCUACAUUUUGCUCCAUAUGCUGCAUAGAAGACAGUUAUUACAGCUUGUGGCACUAAUCUGAGUCCACAUUAAUGUAAAUCCACUUAAAUCUUUUACUAAAGUUACAGGAACACACUCUUUAUAAGGCCACAGAUGGUGCAUAGUAACUGUGGUGUAACAGCUGGAGUUUUAUGGCGAUACUCCACUGUUGCUGUUGAAGAUGUGAGUGUAUUGUUCCCAAAAUGACAGUACACUGUCCUUUGUCUUUGAAUAUUUCUAUUUCUUUGAGUUAUUGGAUUUCCGUAAAGGAGAUGUUGUUGCUCAUAUAAAAAAAGACAUUUUGAUUCAUGACAACAACAGAUUAAUAUUUUUUUCAUUAUAAAUUGUAAUGAAAGACUCACUUUUACCAAGUGAACAUGUGCAAUACAUAAAUAUUUGAUUUUAUCAGUGAUGCGAGCACUGUAUGUUUGUCUAAUAGUCCUUGAAUGAAAAGUGCAUGAUGUGUGUGGUUUUAUUUUAUGCUCCCAAAUGUUUGUUUUCCCAACCAAAACCUUAUGAAUCAGGGUAUUUAAUAUCGAUAUUUGUCUCUCUGUAGUGUUGCUAACAUCAUAUGAUUACAGCUUAAUAAUUGUAAUUACAGUAACCUCAUUGUAAAUAGUUAAAUGAAUGGAAAAAUACAUUAUAUUGAAUGAAAAUAAUGUUUUAUCCCUGAACCAUUACUACUGCAACCGCUCUUUCUCUGCAGUUAAAAUCACCUAAUGUAUUAUUUGCCAGUUACACCCUCAUUUUGCCUGUGAAUAGUAGCAAUUUGACAUUAAAACAUAGCAAUGCAA